AUGCGAUUAAAAUCAGUUUCUACACAAUUAUAUCGCUAUUACACAUCUAGUUUUCUCUGGAAAUUCUCAAACUAUCCUAGUAGAUGUUUGUGUACGUACCCAUCGAGUAUUCGCAGAGUCCUUUGGAGUUUGGACACAAUCCAGCCUAAAAACUUUUUUUGUUCAGAUACUGUAACUAACCCACAGUCAACAUUGCCAGUUUCUGUCACAUCAGAUAACUCUGAAUUGUCAGGUGAUCAAGAUGAAAUUAAAGGAAAGAUGUACAUUGAAUUCACAUGCAAGAAGUGCACUACUCGAUCAAGUAAAUAUUUUUCUAAGUUGGCUUAUGAAAAAGGCAUAGUUAUAAUUCGUUGUGAUGGGUGCCAAAGUUUGCAUCUAAUUGCUGAUAACCUGGGAUGGAUUAAAGACAAACAUUGGAAAUUAGAGGAUUGCACAGAAACCACUGCGGUCGAGUUGAUUAAACUUUACUUAUGUAAAUCUGUAAUAACGCACCGUCCAACCAGAUCAGUCUCCUCAGUCAAUGUAUCUUGA